UUGAUCAUAUAGUAAUGAUAAAAUAUCGUAUCGAAUUAUCAACAGAAUCUUUAAGUAAACCUCAAUCAAAACUAUAAAAAUCGAGCUAUCAUAAAAAUAAAAUAAAUAGAUACACUUGCUGAAUCGAGAUCUGAAUAAUUUAGAUUCAUACAUUCUUAACGAAAAUAAAAACAAAUAACUAACUUCUAGCCCAUCCAACAACAUAAUUCCAACACACACAAAAUAAAAACCCUAGAACAUGAUGGCCCCAAAGACAACUCUAACCUUGUGAUCUUGUUAUCUAGAAAGUAAUUGAUCUUAGCUUGAACACAUGGUACAAAUUUAAAGUUAUAAAAACAUUAGGGACCUAAUAAAAGCUUCUCUUUAGUAUUUUCAUUAUCCAACAAGUUUUCAUGCUUGUAUAGUGGCUAGCAUGUGUUAGAAUCCUCUAAAAUGGAAAAAUAUUUUGGAUAUUUCUUAAGGAACAUGUAUUUGAUUUGCAAAAAUUUCUUUUGGGUCCCUUUUCUUCUACAACCAUCAUUUUAACAAUUAAAUAUCAUGAGGGGUUUUAGCUUUUCAUAAUCUUUCCAUCUGUACUAACAUCUCAUCAAGGCAAUUCUUCAAAUUACUUGAGUAGCCUUUGUUGAGGGGACACAAAGAAGUCGUAUCGUAUCGUGUGAUCUAACGGUUAAUGAAGUGGGUAAAACUAAAAUUAAAAUCAUAAGAAAAAGAAACGUCAUGGUGCACGAAGUAAGUGCGGGUAUGGGGGGACGGGCCGCACCUCAAGGGAGUGUGAUAUAAGCAGUCUAUCCUGAAGCAAGCAUUAAUAGUUGAUUCCACGACUCGAACAUCUAAUCUAUAAGUCCCACAGAGACAAUUUUACCAUUGCUUCAAGGUUCCCCUUCAUCAAGGUUCACAUCUCAAUGGACAAAAAUUGCUUGAUAAGUUCUUCCCAUCUUCCUAGGAAUUGGUGGGCAGAGUUACUUGUUACCUAUAAACGUGAUGGUAGGUAUCCGGUGGAAUAAUCGAGGUACGCACGAGCUAUCUCAGAUGUCAUGUUUUCAAAAAUAUAAAGAAAAAAAAACUUGGCAUUUUUCAAGAACUCAUAUUUCUCACACAUGCAACAACAAUAAUAUAUGUGGUGUAAUUCCACCUAUGGCAUCUGGGGAGGGUAGAGUAUACGCAAACAUUAGCCCUACCUCAUAGAAAUAGAGAGGUUGUUUCUGAUAGACUCUCGGUUCAUCUUCACACAUGCAUUUUUGGAAUUAGAUACUAAAAUAAGCUUUUACAAACUGUUAUCUUAAAGUAAAAGGUGGAUUAAUGAUUCAUGGAGGCUGGCUUGGCUUUGUAUUCAUAAUAAAGCUAUGAAUUGCCACUUUAUAGAUGUUAAAUGGACCCUAUGAUGAUAAACCAACAAAAUAGCUCAAAAUAAGAGAGCAACUGUCCAGUCUUGGUUUAAGAAAAAGAUGGAUCUUGAUUCAAAUCCAACAAUCUCACAAGCACAUCCCGAGACGAUGGACUUCCUUUCGCGCACUUGGUGCAACUUUGCAGUUCAAGCGUUCCAGCCGGAGAUGCAAGAUCAAGCUCUCAUUCUACAUGAAACUUCAAUCAAGAGUUUAAGCAUUGAUAAUAAACCUCCUCUUCCUAAAAUGGAUAAGAGCAUGAAGAUGGAUGAUGCAGAUAAUUCAAUUCCGCCAUGGAAAUCCAACGAUGUCAAGUCGUGGAUAUGGAUGCAGCAAGCCAUGCAUCCAGAGGUGAACUACAACAGCUAUUUCCAGAAAAAAUGGAUGCCGUGGAACAUAGGACCACUAAAGAAUGUGUCAAUCAAGAAAUGGAUCAAAGAAAUUAAGCAGAAGAGGAAAGAAGAAAAGAGAUUACAGAAGGCUGAAGUACAUGCAGCGAUAUCAGUGGCAGGUGUUGCAGCUGCCUUAGCUGCCAUCGCUGCUGAAAACAUGAACCAUGAUCAGUCAGGGUGUACCAAGGAGUCAGCUGUGGCCAGCGCAGCGGCACUAGUUGCAGCACAAUGUGCACAAGUGGCAGAAGCUAUGGGGGCAAAACGGGACCAAAUCAGCAGUGUGAUUGGCUCAGCAAUGACCGGCACAAGUGCAAGCGACAUUCUGACGCUUACAGCUGCAGCUACAACUUCACUCAGAGGAGCAGAAACACUCAAAGCAAGAUCUGGCUACAAGAAUAUUUUGAAUGGAAGCACACCAGUUCUCCCAAUUGAAGAUAGCAACGACUACAACUUUAACCACGAGAAAUGCAGAUCAAUUCUCUCCAAGGGGGCAGACCUCUAUAUUGAAAAAUCAGAAGGAAGAUCCAAGCUAAGGUCGGUGUCCAUUAUGUUAAAUAGUGAAGCCAAGGUUAUCCUAAGAACAAGGAAGCCAACUAUGUUGAAGACCUUCUCAAGUCAAGCGGAAAGUGUCGUAUUAGACCUACAUGCCGAGCUGUAUAAGGAUUCAAAUGGAGCGGAAACUGAUAGUUGCUAUCUUAUUGUGCUAACAACAAACAGGGGAGUCAUCAAGCUAGACAUGAUGGAUGAUUACCAGCGAUACAAAAUGUGGUCAAUGACUAUUAACCAAAUGCUGACGCUGUCUACUUCAUUUACAAAAUAUGAGCUCCAAUAUUACAAAAGCUAAUCUUCAUAAAGAUUUGUGGCAUCAGCAUAUUUUUCACAUGAGUUUUUUGUCAUGUAUAGGUUAUAGUACUUAGCAACUUCGAAGUUGUCAGAUCUGUUAAUAGUUACAUAUCAUGUUCUUGUUUUUCCAAUAAGUUACAUGUUUGUUGAUCAUAUUGUUUGCUUAAAUCUUUAUGAUUUUUCAUUUCUCACCUUGUUCACUUGGAUAUCCGUUUCCUGAGUCAAUUAUAAUUA